GAAAGACUGAAUCCAGGGAUCUGAGUCAGCAGCUGCUGCGUGUCGGAUCCUCAACUUCCGCGGAGACAGACCAUCUCCACAACAUGUUUACACCUACACACUUCACAAUGGACCCAACCGUUACAAGACUGUCCUAAAAACAAUCGUUUUUGUGAGGAAGAAUAAACGCAGAAGGGAGAAGACGAGUGGACCAAAACGGAGUCUCAAGAGAGUGUUUUCCCACGAGGCUUCAUGUCCGUCAGAAUUUCAGCCAUGAGCGUCCUCCCUCCGGUUCGGCGGGACCGCGUCAUCGCUCAGCUCCCUCAGUCUUUUAGGAAAGAGGCGGCUGUCCACACUAAGGAGGAUUUCAGCAACAAAGUGAAGACUGCGUGUCAGCAGCAGCGGACCGGCACCGUGGGUAGAUUUAAAAUCUCCAAGGUCAUCGUGGUGGGGGAUCUGGCUGUGGGCAAAACGUGCAUGAUUAACAGAUUUUGCAAAGAUGCCUUUGAUAAGAACUACAAAGCAACGAUCGGUGUCGACUUUGAGAUGGAGCGCUUCGAGAUUCUGGGCGUUCCCUUCAGCCUCCAGCUGUGGGACACGGCUGGUCAAGAGCGGUUCAAGUGCAUCGCGUCUACCUACUACAGAGGAGCUCAGGUGGUGAUAAUCGCGUUUGACGUUAAUGACAUUGCCUCUUUGGGUCAUGUAAGGCAGUGGCUGGAGGACGCCUUGAGGGAGAACGACCCCACCGCUGUUCAGCUGUUUCUAGUUGGAACAAAGAAAGACCUGAGUUCUCCUGCUCAGUAUUCCCGGAUUGAACAAGACGCCCUCAGAUUAGCAAAUGAGAUCCAUGCUGAGUAUUGGGCCGUUUCAUCGCUGACAGGGGAAAACGUGAAGGAGUUUUUUUUUCGAGUUGCCUCAUUGGCAUUUGAGAUCAACGUUCUCGCUGAGUUGGAGAAAAGUGGAACAAGACAAAUUGGAGACGUCGUCAGAAUCAGCAGCACUUCAAACAACCUGUCCGCUGCAUCAAAGAAGAAACAGUCCAGCUGCUGUCAGUAAGGAUGGAAGCAGAGGUUUUAAAGUCAAACACACAGACUGCAACUGAGACUUUUCUCAGUGGAGGAUUGCCGUGGAUGCUGUCCAGCUGCGCUGCAAAGAUUUCUGUGGUUGGAGGAGGAGGAGUCUAAUAACUUCUCUUUCCCUACCACAUUAAAAGUCAGUUUUUCCUGUCCUCAGGAGUUUUCCUCCUUGGGAUAAGUGUGGAUUCCUGUGGUGUCGCUCGGUUUAACUUGCCCUAAGUAACUCAGUGACUCAUGACUUACACACCAAAUUAGUAUUAUGGCACUGCCAAGAUACCAAAGAAUAACUGGCUUCUUGCUUUGCUUAGAUCUUGGUUUAAACCUUAGUUUUGCUGCUGCAGUGAUUUUUACAACCAGUACUUUUCAUCACAUUCAUGUAUUUGUGUUGAAUAACUGUUUUACUCUGUAUUAUGGCUGUUAAAUUGCAGCCCUACGUAAUUUUAACCCUCAUAUGUUAUCAAGUUGUGACUUAUUCUCUUCACGAGUGGCUUGCAAAGGCAAGAAAACAGUGACGGUUUAUUUUCACUCUGACUGAAACUAGUUUUGUAACGAUACUUGAUGGUACGCUCUGUUUACAAUCAAACCAGGGACCCAAUUUGUUUCAUUGUGGUUGUGUGUGGGAACAUUUACCACGGAUUGUAAGUGAAGGGUCUUGUGGUUUAUUUUUUUAGUAAUAUAUUACAAAGCAGAAAAACAAUUUCACAUAUUAAAAAUAGGUACGAUUAAAUCGCCAUUAUAUUAAUUGUUUCAUUGAAGAUUUACAGCAUAUCUGCAAAUUAAAGUGUUCAUGUCCAUUUUAUAA